UGAUCGCGGACGGGAUGAGUGCUCGCUUCGCACCGAUCCGGUAGCCCCCACACAGACCGGAGAGCGCAGUAGAAUAGAGAGUGAUCGUGUUAGAAUAAAGUCUAAAGCAUUAUCCCUUUUCCAUCCGCAUCCGCAGCAUCCCACGAUCACGAUGGACAAAUACUUGCGGUUGUUCAUCAAGUACCAGGUGUACACGAUCGUGAUGUUCACGUCGCUUAUGAUCGCCGUUUUCACUCCCGUUCUGGCGCACCAUGAUGCAAACAGCAGUGAUCGAAGACCUGCGGCUCGGCGGAGUGACGGCCGUAAUGUUUGCCAGUGGCUGGUUUACGGCGACCGUUUUUCUUGUGGUCGCCAUACACAAGGAGGACAAACGCUGCAUAUACCCGUACGCGUUCAUGUUCGCGUUGGAUCUCGUUUUGUUGAUAUUACGUGAAAUCUAUGUGAUGAUCAUUGGGGACUUUUUCCUCGAACUGUGGAGCAUCAAAAUCACGGUGGUGGUAAUGACGGUACCGUACGUGACGGCCAGUUUGCUGGCCCUGCACCGGCUGUACACCGUCGAUCCGAUCGUCACGCAACGCAGUGAAGGAUUCGUGCGCUUCGAACGGAACGAAACAGGCGAACCAACACAGGCGGUGCAGUCGUCCGCCUGAGGUGAAGAUCACCCGCUGCGGAGUGAUCCUGACUCGACUGGCAACUCAAAGAAGUGCAAUCGAUAGCUAGGCUCUGUGUGCGCGUUUGAGCUUGAACCGUGUGUGUGUGUUCCACACGGUUUUGUGGAACUAAAACAUUAGCAAUAGAACGACGACGACGGGGAACGGCGGCCAAAUUACCUCACACGUAGAUCGCCAAUGGACUAACUGGAUUAAUGCGUUCAAACUACCAAAUCUAAUGCUCUGCUGUGGUACACAGAUUAAUAAGAGGCGUUUUUUGUAUCUGAUUGACUGAUUAAAACACGAAUCGGAACGGUCGUUUCGGAUGAUCG